GUUCGUUAUACAGUUCGGCCGACGACGACGAGGACAACGGUGUUCUGCGCGCAGACAAAUUCGUGUUAAAAUCCACAAUGAAAACAAAAACAUUCCGUCACUUUUCGUCGUAAAUCGCUGUGCUAGGAAACUUCUUCUGCCCAGAAAGCCACACAUUGCAGUCGACAGUCAGCCUGCGCCCAGCAGAUUGGAUAGUGUUUUCCCCCCCUAUAGUUUAGUUAGCUACGUCGACAGCUUUCUCCGCUGGAAUAACUAGAGGUUUUGCUUGGAAGUGCCACUCGGAAGGGCGGAUCGAAUUCAAACCGGGUGCGGGGAUAAUGCGGCGCUGCUAACGAUGAGCCCGAGAAACAUUGUGCACGUCGUGGAAGAGAACAUCCGCGGCAAAGUCAGCUGGAGGAAUCUGCCCCUAGAACUGCGGAAGGCCCUGCAUGACAAUGAGAAGCGCUACGAAAAGUUCAUUCUCGAGUACAGCCUCAAGAACCAACUUCGCUAUCGCGGCAAUUUAGUGCACACCACAUUCGGCAAUGAGAAGUUAUACUACGAAAAGCUGAUCGAGGAGAACAUCAAGGCCCUGCAUCUGUUUCCGUAUCACCUGGCCGACAUAGUGGCCAAAGGGCUCCGGUUGACGCCCUUCAACUACUACAUAGAUAUGCUGGUGUUCUUGUUGAACAACGACAAGAACUACGAUUCGUUGCCAAACUUCACGGCGGCCGACUGUCUGCGGGUGGUCGGAAUUGGGCGCAACGAGUACCUAACGAUUUCGAGUGAUUUGAAGACGAGUUCACCGAAGCUGUUCUUCAAGCGUAAUCCGUACUAUCUGCUGCCCAAGUUCCCGAGGCGGAUCGUGAUCGAGCCCUGGUGGAAGGUGGAAGUCGGUUACGUGCUGGAGAGUGAUGUGCAGUUUUUGAACCAGGACGAGUUGUCAGUGCUCGAUCGAUUGAUCGAUUAUGGUGCUCAGACGGCUGGGGCGUUGGACUACGAAGUGGUUCACAGUUUGUAUCGCAAGGGAUUGAUCUAUCUCGAUGUGCCAAUCAGCGGAGAGGACAAGAUUAGCAUACCUCCGCUGCAGAACUUUGUGAUGAAUCGAGUCAGUGGCGAUUACUUUGAGAACUUGCUGUACAAUGUGUUCGUCACGGCUGAUGAGCAGUCUACAAUAGCUGACUUAUCAAACAUUCUGCAAGUCCCACUGGACACGGUCAAACAAGCUACAUCGCUAUUUUGCCGCCUCAAUUUUGCCCGUCGCAAACAAUCCAGCUUCACAAACAACGUGGAACCGCACGAAAGCUGGAGAAAUGCCAGGCGUGACCAACAGCAGCAGCAAACUGGCCGCACGAUCUUCAACUAUCAUUCCCUGCUCCUCAGCCAAGAAUCCGUGGAAAGUGAACAAAGCGAGCGUCCAGCUGAUCUCACUAUUGGUUCGCUCGACAGCCCAAGUCCUGCCGAAGAAAGUCCCGGCGACUACAGUAACCUCUCGGAUGCCAAACCCGAGGAGUUCCGUUCGCCGGACGCCAAACGAGUCGGGUUCGUCUUCGAUUCCACCCUCACGGCUUUCCUCAUGAUGGGAAACUUGUCGCCUGGGUUAAAAACUCACGCCGUCACUCUCUUCGAAGUGGGCAAACUUUGUGACGAAGGAAUGAACGACUUUCUGCGCGAAUUGGAGAAAGUCUCCAUUCUGGAUGCCGAUGGCGAAGGCGAGGUCAGCCGCUACUUCCAUCACGCCAUAAUUCUACGCUCGACGAUUGUCGCACUGAAAACCGUCCUCAACACAGAGUUGGAUCUCCUCCGUCUGGAAAGCCUUGAAGCCCUCGAUCAGAAGACCCGAAACCGUCUCCUAGAGAAGAAGUACAAAUUUCUUAUCGCUGCCGCCCCUCUCUCAGGGGUCCUCUCCUCACCGUUCACCAUUCCGUUCUUUGGCCAAUUCUACCGGACGUCCACCAAUUCACACAUUUGGUCCAAGCUGUUCUACUACCACAUGGGCGGCUAUGGACCGCCGAGCCUGCUCCUCACCAAGGGAACCGUCCUGACCCAUCUGCCGCGAUUGUUUCUCGGCUACGGAAAACUUCUCAUCACAAUUGUCCACACGGAAUCGUUCGUGCUGAAUUCGGAAAAGUUUGCUUCGCUAAACGAACACCUCAAGAACGGGUGCGUGCUUAUACAGGGCUACGGAAUCAAGCAGCCGGCCGAGAUGCACUACGAAGUGUUCCCAUUCGAAGCUGGAAAUCGUGGUUCGGAGUGGUUCCGACACUCAGCGGUGCGGAAACUGGCCAAGGUGCUGGAUUUGGAGAAUAGCUUCGGCUAUAUGACGUUCAUCCGGACAGGAGUGCCGGAUUAUGGCUGCGACAAUUACGACGAGAACGUUCAUCUAUUCAAAGACCAUCCCAAAAGCAGCAAGGAACGAAAGCAUUCCGAUACAUCAAAACCAGACUGUCCGAAGCCUAAGGCGACCCGCUCGGAUACAAUCAGUUCGAUCACAUCCAUUGAAAGUGACGACGCCAGUCUGAUCGAGGACAUUCGCCGGAUACGGGACAUCUACGAAGGGAAGGUAGUUCCGGAGCCGGAUCUUCCCGAAGAUGACGAACCAGCUGUCCAGGCGACACCCGUCGUGGAUUCCCAGCAUUUCAACCCAGAACCAGCGCCCAGUCCAGAUCACGAUUUGAUGCAACAGCUGGCCGAUGCCAGCCGGAAUGUUGAUUCGGAUUCGGAUUCGAGGGAUCGAUUGGGAGGAAACCGAAAGGAGGAGUGGACCCUACUGGAUGUCCAUUUCGGCAUUCCACUGUUCGACGUAGACUGCAAUACCAGCAUAUGUCAGCAUGUUAUUAAAAAGCUUUGCUCGGAGGACAAGAUCGCAACCAUCCGGGAGGUCAAUUCUAAAAUGGAGCAUUCCUACCUGAAGUUUAUAUCGCAAUGUUUGUACUACGAGGACGAGAGUAUGGAAUUGGUCAAACCGGGUAAACUGGUUCCCAAGCCGCGCAUAAAUCUGGCGUUCGAAAACGGUAAAAUCAUCACCUGGAACGGAAAAUAGAGAUAGCUACCUUGACGUGCAAAUUUCAUAACUGCGGAAAACAAAAAAUCUAAUCUGAGAUACACCAAAAAAUUCCCCCCAAGAAGAUACCAUAAAAUACAUUCCACUUUUAACCGGAAAGCUAUAGUGCUGGAAAGCGAUAGAGUCAUUACUUAAUAUAUU